UGACAGUAUCUGAACUGUGGCGUGCAAUUUGACUACUUACAGAAGACCGAAACGUUUCUGCAUCUGUCGAGUACAUAUAUUACAACCCAAAUUCAAUAGCGCACAAACAAAAAAUUCAAGUUCUGUUUGAGGGCCGUGGUUAUUUUCCAGAUUGUCAUUGUUGGGCGUGCGUGGGCCUCGCCAUUUGUUAGGAAGAAGGGGUACUGCUUUAGUGAAAGAAAAGGACUAACGUUAACAGAAGUGGAGUGUGAGACGGGGGGAAUCCGAGCGCAGAGCUGUGUUGGUACAGGCUUUGCGGACUGGAGGCCCGACCAAACUAGCUGCGAAAACAGCGGAAGACGUGAUAGGACGUAGACAUGGCAAACAUCGCAGUACAAAGGAUCAAACGGGAGUUCAAAGAAGUACUGAAAAGCGAAGAGACGAGUAAAAAUCAGAUAAAGGUGGACCUGGUGGAUGAAAACUUCACAGAAUUAAAAGGGGAGAUAGCAGGGCCUCCAGACACACCAUAUGAGGGGGGCAGGUAUCAAUUAGAAAUAAAGAUUCCAGAGACGUAUCCUUUCAAUCCACCUAAGGUGCGAUUCAUUACGAAAAUAUGGCAUCCUAACAUAAGUUCAGUUACUGGGGCAAUAUGCUUGGACAUUCUCAAAGACCAGUGGGCUGCAGCAAUGACCCUGCGCACAGUUUUGCUCUCACUGCAGGCUUUAUUAGCUGCAGCUGAGCCAGAUGACCCACAGGAUGCUGUAGUAGCCAAUCAGUAUAAACAGAAUCCAGAGAUGUUCAAACAGACUGCUCGACUGUGGUCACACGUGUACGCUGGUGCUCCUGUCUCUAGUCCUGAAUACACACGCAAAAUAGACAAACUCUGUGCCAUGGGCUUCGACAAAAACGCAGUAAUAGUAGCUUUGUCUUCAAAGUCAUGGGAUGUAGAGACGGCAACAGAAUUGUUGCUUAGCAACUGAAUCUUCACUCCUCAUCACUUGGCCACAGUUUCAUUAACCACCUCUAUCCCCUUUAAAAAAAAUCAUCUAUUUCUGCCCCAUAUUCAUCCCAUGCCCCAUCUGAGGAUGUAUUGAGAACCAGAGGAUAUAAGUGCUGAUCUGGAAAGAGACUGGCCUGUCCAGAAUUAUUAUUCAUUAGUUGGUAAAGAGAAAACCUGCUGUAGAACCAAACCUUUUUCUCUAUUUCUCUAAAAUGUGUUCAGAUAGAGUCCUGGGGGAUCAUGGUACCACAAAGUUUAGUGUCAUAUCCCACUAAUGCAAAUUAUUAACACCUUAUUUGGCUGAGUUGAGCAUUGGAGCAGGGAACACUAAACUGAGCAGUGCUGUGUCCUUCUCGGAAUGGAGACUGAACCCAACAUGAUAUGUGGAUAUGGCUAGUUACACUGUCCUUUUAUUUGACCAUAAACCAGCAUCCUCUGACAUUGUUGUAAACACUUUCUUAUGCUUGCAGUCCAGUUCUGAAACAAAUUACAAUAAGAAGUCUGCCUCAUAGUUAAUUUAGAUUUUCAAAGAGGGGAAAGAAAACAUCUGCUUGCAUGGAUGCAACAAACAUGACAGUACAUGUAAAUAUGUUGAAAGUUUGGGUACAUCCAACAGACAAGGGGACGCGUUACUUUUUUAACUAGAUUGUUAAAAAUGCUUUAUGUUUCAAGCUAUGUUUAUUUGAACAGGUUAUUGGAUUUAAUUGAAAAAAAUCAGAACCCGUUAAGAUUACAGAACAACCCAUAAAACUGCUUUUGCAUUACUUUGCCCCUAUAUAUUUGGCCAGAUGGCAUGAUUGCUGCUGACUAGAGAACUGGCAUUUUUUGUUCCAGAGUUUAGUUUUUUCUAGUUGGGUGCCAUUUUUAAAGACCUGGAACCUGUUACAUAAAGUAGGCAGAAAAGUGACAAUGGGAGAUAAGGUAUUUUUGUUUAAGCUCUGCUAUUGCCUUUCUCUUAUGUAAAAGGAGGGGGUAGGAUGCAGAUUUGGUCUUUUAAGUCAUUUCCUAAAACAGGCAGCUGUGUGACCCCCCCAGCCCCCAGUUCCUUAGACAAAUCUACCUAAAACUGCCUCUAUUGGUUAUCGAUGGCAUGUUUUGAAAACAUCUUUAAGAGAUUUUAUUAAUGUGCAGUUCCUUUGUGGAAAAAUCAAGUAACAGGACAAGAAUGUAACUUAGUAACUUUUUUCUGAUUCCCAGUGAGACUUAUCUUUUUUCUAAGUGUCUAGCAUCCAACCAUUGAAAGUUGCUGUUGAAAAUUGAUAUUCAAACAUUUUUUUUUGUUUUGGUUAGUGUGAAGGGUGAUGGUGGCAUCAUUCACCAAGCAUCUUAUAUAGGUGAUCCGAUCCAGGUUUUUGUAUACCUUUGAUGUCUCACCCUGUAAUCAUAAGAGAACUGGGCUGUAGCUGUUACUCAUUUUUAUUGGCUGUGACUAGACAUUGUCAUAAGGCUCAAAUCAGAUUUAUUGAUUUAGAAGCAUCAGCAGCAUGUGAUCAUUUGCUAAAAUGGCUCAGUAUGUAAAAUGUCAUUCAAAUGAAAAUUCAGAAGAUCUGCUUGGGUAUAUAUUUUUUCAAUUUCAGUAAAAAGAUCAGACACAUAUCAGAUGUACUGGUGGAGAAACAGGUUCUCCCUUUCUCUACCUGUCCCACCACCUUUAUAUUAGCUGCAUCUUUACAGUGCAAAAACAAAACCCCCCACAUACAUAAAACCUAAAUUCCUACCAGCUUUAAUAGCUUUGGCUUAUGCACAGAUUGUACCUCCCUUCACUUGUACAUAAAGCCAAGUACUUUUCUUGAAGAAAAGUAGUAGUCAUCUUUAGAAUGCACCAUUCAAGGCUGGGUUUAUAUUUUGUAUGAAAAUCAAAGAACAGAAAAAAAAGACUGUCUUCCUGUAGUAAUCAAGUUCAAUAUUGCACGAAGAAGCAGUGAAAGAAAAAUAUUUGUGGGGAGGAUACUUUGUUCUCUUAAGAAAAAGAAGACAAAAUUUAAACAAGCCGUACAAGCAUGGUUAUUUAUUGUGAAACUAUCAUAUUUCUUUGAAUAAAAAAAGCUUGAAACGAAAAAAGUGUGUAUCUUAUUUGUAAUUAAAGGACUGAAUGUGUUUAAUCAAACUAAAGCCUUCAGUCAUUUCACAGCUAAAAGCAUUUAUUUUUACAGGGAAAAAAAAUGAGUAAAAG